UCAUUUUGCUGUUUUUGGUUGGCUUCAGUUUAUAACAAUUUUUAAGUUUGGUUAUGGUUACAUAGUGGGUUUGAGUCUUUUUGCGAGAAUUUAACAUUUUUGUUAACAACUAAAGGGAUCGAUUAGGUUCUUAAGCACUAUCAUGGACGAACCUGAGAUAGAUUACAUGGACACAGACACCACCUGCGGCAUUUGCUUCGCAGAGUUCCUAGAUUUAGAAGACCUGAACAUCCACAAGAGUCAAGUCCAUAUAACUGGUAUACUAACCUGUCAAUUUUGUGAUCGCAAACAGAGAAGUAUUGAAGAUUAUGCAAUACACAUCAGAGAUAGCCAUUUACUAAAUUUAAAUAUGUGCCAGUAUUGUUCCAGAGCUUUUGUGGAUUUGAAUUAUUGCAAGAAACACGAGAAAACGCAUAUAGUUUCUCCUAACGCGACUCAAUACGCUUGUUCGCGUUGUGAACGCCAGUUCAUUAAUAUUGUUGAAUUGGAGAAACAUGAAUUUGAUGAACAUAAAGAUGGAGAUAGUACUAAUGGUGUCUUGCUCCACGACUGCUUGCCCCAUUUGUCAUCUGUAAUUAACAUGAGAUUUAAUCUUCUCAAGGAUGCAAAGAAUAAGUUGAAGUGUUCAGCUUGCAGCUCUACAUUUCUUCAUCUUGAUGAUUAUAUUCAACACUUAAGUUGGCAGAAUUGCCGAUCGUUGUCUUGUAAUUCGUGCCAUAAUGUGUACAAAAACAAAAAAAGCCUUAUUAGGCAUCUGUCUGGUCGUGUAGCGUGUGACAAUAGCACAAGAAAUGUUGAGAAAAUGUGUGGGGAAUGUUUCAAAGCAUUCCCGAUUCAUAUUUGGAAAACCCACUGCAAGAAUUGUAAAGCGAUCAAAUGUCAUAAAUGUGGUAUUGUGUUUGAGAAAUUGGACGAUUUGUCAAAACAUCAAAUAGAAAAGCAUCCGUUAGCCAUCUCCGUUCUUGUUUGCAAAUAUUGUCAGAGAGAAUGCGUGGGAAAAGUGGCCCUUGAUAAGCACAUUGAAAGGUCACACGAUGUUUCAAUGUAUAAAUACAAAUGUGUUUAUUGCGAUAUGGUUUUCAUGCAUCCGAAAAAGUUAUUUGCACAUUUUGUCACAAAACACAAGGAUAUAGAGCCGUAUUGUUGCAAUAUAUGUGACAAAAAGUUCAGAAUAAGGAAGAAUUUUACAAUUCACAUCAAAAUGGUGCACAACAGCGUUGGCUCUGUGGAGUUUGAUGAGAAAUUCCACGUUUAUUUCAAAGAGAAAAAGGUGGAGAUUCAGAAAGAUGGCGCCGCUGAUGGUAACACAGAUAAAACUACUGAAAAUGAAUGUACUGCAGAAACCAGUACAGAGCAUGAGAAAAGUUUAGAAGAAACUGAGAACACUUCCAAAUCUGAUAAUGCUCUUGUAGCAAUGGAAGUUGCGAGCAAACCAAUGAAUUAUGACUUCAUGGCAACAGAGACAGAAGCACCAACAGAGGAUGAAGCAAAUGAGUCUGGAAAGAAAACAAAAAGGAAAACCAAAUCUACUCGAGCUGAAGAGACACUUGAAGAUUUUGGAUCUGAUUCAUCUGAUGAUCAACCUCUUUUGCAAAUAAGAAAAAAUAUAAGAAGACGAGCGAGGCCAAGAAAAAUACAGAAAGUAAAGAAACAUAUUAGUAAUAAAGAACGGUUCACAUGCAAAUAUUGCAACAAGUCUUGCUCUACAUUUCAAAAUUAUCACCAGCACAUGAACUCUGCGCAUCCGAAUGUGAGGGUUAGUUGUGUGAAAUGUGGCAGAAAAUUUCCUUCAAGAGUGAAGCUGUCUGCUCAUAUCGCUAAAGAGCAUUCAUCGUCAAAACUGACGGAAACACUCAAAAAUAUAUUAGCUAAACGCAAAAAGUUUAAUACAAACACUUUAUCUAAUCAGUCUAGUUACAUAGAAGACAAUUUAACAAUAACUGAAAAAUUCCAAAGAACAAUAAAGAAAGUGGACUGCGAUACUCACGAAGAACCUGCAAUAUUAAAAGCAAGCUCCAAAGGAUCCGUUCAGAACUUCAUUGAAAAUUUCACUCCAGAAAGCAUUGAAGCAAAGAAGAACAUUGAAAUAGAAAGUAACAUAAUGAUCAAGACACUGAACUGCCCACCGAAGCCGCCUUUCAUUAAAUUGACAAAGUUCCAACCGAAAGCGACCAUAAAUAGCACUUCAAGGACGAAACUAGCGAUGCCUGUAAGAUUUAAACCUGAUUAUUCUGAACGACAAAAUGUGACAGUCAAAGUGGUGAACGUUGAAAGUAGGCGGUUAUUCACUGAGCCGUACCGCAAUGAAGAUGCUUACUACGACAACGAUAAUGACAUAUAUGAUCAUUACGAAGAGAUGGUAACUGACGAGAGACUCGACCAGAUACCGGAUGUAGCUCAAGAGGUCAUGCUAGAAGGUACCGAAAUGAGAACGCAGCCGACGGUACGCAAAAUUGUACUCCCUAACGUACCCAAAGAAUUGGAUCAAAUCCGGAUAGCGACUCUAUUACCCGAAGCGCCGUAUUACAAAAUUCUGAAGAUUAGCGACGUAGUCAAAACUCCAAACAAGAAGAAAGAGACGAAAGUAGAAAAGAAGGAGAAAGAAAUAGUUUUGCCGAAUGGUAAGAAAUUAGUGAGUGUGAAUCCAUUAGCGCAUCUGUUGGGUGAUACUUCUGUGGAGAAGUUAAUUGAGAACAUGAAAGGUAGUAAAUAUUACCAGCCAAAAACCGUGGACUUUGAGAAGGCGGUAGCUAAAGCUUUGAUGAAUAACAAGCCUAAACAGAAAAAGAAACCUUCUACAGUCGAACCUUAAUCAUGUAAUGUUUAGAAUACAUAUUUGGGUGCAGUAUUACCACUUUUUUAAAGUUACGCCAAUGUAUCUGCGCAGAAAUAAAAAAUUUGUAUGGCACGAAAUUGUUUGAGAGGUUGAGCCUAUCAGAGCAGGCCGUUUGUUCUCAGGAACGUACUAAGACCUUAUUAUAUUACUUUUAACUGAUACAUAAAAUACACAAAUACAAAUGAUUGGUUGACUGGAAGAAAUCCCGAUUGGGAUAAGUCCGCCAUUGUACAUAUUCUUCUAAAUCCAAUGACUGUUUUGUAUUUUUAUUACAUUUUUUCUAUGUGCAAUAAAGAGUUUACAAACGAACAAACAAUACAUACAAAAUACAUUAUAAAUUCUUAAGGCCAAAGACCAAUAUUGCCGAGACGACAUAAUAAGGAUGGUAGAACUGCAGAUUAGUAUGUAGUACAUAAAGAAUAUGUAUUUACACUUGAUAUUUUAUGAUUUCUGUUCCAUAGUUUUUAUCGUGCGUGAGUGUAAUCCUGUUAAAUUGUUUUUUCAGACUAUAAAAAACUUGUGUUUUAUGAUGAUUAGGAAUAAGUUUUGUAAUGUUCUUUUAGAGUUUUAGAGUUCUUUUUGACGGCCUCUGUGGCUCAGCGGUAGUACGCUUGUCUGUGACAACAGAGGUCCCGGGUUCGAAUCUCGGCCAGGGCAUGAUGAGAAAAGAACUUUUUCUGAUUGGCCUGGGUCUUGGAUGUUUAUCUAUAUAAGUAUUUAUUAUAAAAUAUAGUAUCGUUGAGUUAGUAUCUCGUAACACAAGUUUCGAACUUACUUCGAGGCUAACUCAAUCAGUGUAAUUUGUCCCGUAUAAAAAAAAAAAGAAAAAAAAAAGAGUCUAUCAAAUAAACAUUGUACACAUAUUUAAUUCAUUU